AUGUUCUUCUCUUUGCUUCCUUCUUCCUCUCCUCCGGCGAGCCCCGGAAUGCCAGUAGAUGCAGAGGUAGCCCCAGGGUCUCGUCCUUCUCCUCCUCCAUCUUCUUUUUCUUCUAAAACGCCUGCUCUACCUCGUGCUUUGUUGGACGUGAGAGGGGAAUGGAAGGCGGAGGGGAGGGACAUCUGCGGCCGCAACCUUGGAAGGCGACUGGUUCUGGCCUCCUCCGCCUCCUUGCUUCUCAACGCUUCCUUCCUCGGAUCCGUGUAUCCGAGAGACUCCGCGACUUCAACUCAGAACGCCAGAGCGGCGGAAGAGAUGGACGACGAGUUCCAGCAGGAUGAAAAUCGAGUGGUUCGCAUUUUCCAGGUAGGUCAUCUUCGUCCCCUGUUUCCACCAAUUCACAAAUCUGUGAAGUUCUUGUGUAGGGAGGCACGUUGAUUGACCGCUGUCUACAGAUAGUGGCAUCGGAUGACGAUUUUGCAGGAGACCUCGCCCUCGGUGGUGUUCAUCAAGGAUUUCCAGUUGGUGAGAGACCCGAAGAAGAGGAGACCUCUUAAUAAUUCUGCAGCCCUAACCUCCGAAUCGCCCGGAGCUGGAGGAGGGGAAGAGGAUGACGAUUGGAUCAACGACGACGACAGCGCAAAUGUUCAAGUCGAAGGAGUGGGCUCGGGUUUCGUGUGGGAUAAAUCCGGCCACAUUGUGAGUAUCUCGUUCACCCUUUCUCCAUUACUUCUAGAGCUAUUGCUCACUAGUUGACCGAUAGCAGAAAUUUCCUCUUGAUGACAUGAACUGCGUGCUACAUAGCAAGAAACUAAGCUUUGAUCUCCUUCAUUCAGCGAUUUUCAGAAAGCUCAUUCGAGCUGUUUUUGCCAGACUUUUCCUCUUUUUGGUUGCUUUUAAGACCAUACGAUCUCUCCUAACUAUCACCUUCCACCAGCGAAAUCAAUUUCCUAUGGUAAAUGAUCACCACUGCGAUGAUUUAGCACAGAAAAAACUAGAUAAAGUUGGGGGGCAAAUGACUUGCGGAUCAGACUCAAGGAAGACAGCUGAGCGUAGAAGGCCUCUUUGUCCUCUGAGAAGAUAGAAAAGAUGGGGUCUAUCUAGUAAUAUGAGCCCCUUUACCCUUGCAUUGACGCCAUUAAUCUUAGGUUGCCAUGGAUGCCUUGUUCAUCCUCCCCCAUUGGUCAGGCGAGCUCAUGGGAAUUCGUCCAGAGCACUAGGAUUAAUGUCAAUGGGGAGCUUGUCUAGUUCCCAUGUCUCUAUACCUAGAAUACUGGUUAUCUAUUUUUUAAGGUCUACAACCUCUCGAUUGUAUGGGUUUUCUUAAAAACUGUUCAUCGGCUGAAUUUAUUUUCUAAACCCUUUACCAGUCACUUACCAUUAAUAUUGUUUAUCAACUUCACUGCCGAUGAGAGUUAGCUUCUUUUUUUUUUCUUUUUUUCUUUUUUUUGCGGUGUUCAAGGGGUGCUUACGCUACUGAUAGUACUCAUCUUUUUCUCUAAGCGAUUGGAAACCCAUGUAACAUGCUCUCACCUUCUGUCCAUCAAUCAGAUCACCAAUUAUCAUGUCAUAGAGAAGCUUGCGACGGAUCAAACAGGCCUCCAACGCUGUAAAGUCAGUAGGUGGAGGGCUUGGAGUUCCUUCCUUCUACUUUCAGUCAUUGUGCUUGUUCCUUAUUUUCCUCCCCGCCCCUUCUCAGAUCUUUCUCCAGGACACAAACGGAAAUACUUUUGCCAAGGAGGGCAAGCUCAUAGGCCUCGACCCUGCUCACGAUCUUGCCGUCCUGAAGGCAACAACAUCUACUGCACUUCAUAUUAUGUUUUUUUCGAAUCAGAGGCGAUGAAUACAGCUGAGGUGAUGUUCUUGCUAUCCAUUAUAUUUUAGGUGAAUGUUGGGGGAGAUAAACUGAGGCCAGUCAUCGUCGGUUCCUCCCGUGAUUUGCGUGUGGGCCAGAGCUGCUUUGCCAUUGGGAACCCUUACGGCUAUGAGAACACUCUCACCAUAGGGGUAGGUUUUUCUGAUGAACCAGUGAAUUGCAGAAGAGCCCCCAAUUCAUAAAUUUGCAAUGUUUAUUAUAUUUAAAAUUUAAAAUAAUAAUAACAAUUUUGCAGUGUCCACCACUAGAAAAUAUCAGGCUAUCAGCGCAAGAAUUUAUAUUCCAUGAUUUUAUUGUUACAUUUCUCUAUUUUCUGUUGUUUUUUUUAUGACAGACAAUAUUGGGUGACAUAUGUAUGAGGCCUGUUGUUGUAAUUCUGCAGGUUGUAAGUGGAUUGGGCCGGGAGAUCCCCUCGCCAAACGGACGGCCCAUUAGAGGGGCCAUACAGACAGAUGCCGCAAUUAAUUCCGGUAAUAUUUUUUGUUUUUACCCCGACAGGUUUUUAUCACAAAUGAUUGUCUCUUUCGAGGAUUUCUGUGCUCUAUCCGCCACCGCAUAAUUUAAUAAUUUAUUUUAAUCGGAAAAUAAAAUUGUGCUGUAUCUAUGACCAAGCAAGACGGGCCGGCCCUAGGACUCACCCAGCCCACCAACAUCCCUAAAUUAUGACCCACAUUAUAUUUCGGAAUUUCAAUACAAAAAACGAAAUUCCUAAAAUAUUUCUCUUCGCGUAAUGUUUUUAUCAUUCUUACAAGUUUCUGACUGUCUGUAACUUCCAAAAAUAGGCAUUUUUUUGGCUACUUGACAACACACUAAUAAUUAGGAAACAAAUCCAAUUGAUAGAACUUUCUCUCUCUAGAGUCUCUGAUGAGCUGAGUGUUCAGGGAACUCCGGUGGGCCCCUCAUCGACUCCCAUGGACGCGUGAUCGGCGUCAACACGGCCACUUUCACUCGCAGAGGUACUUCGCCUUCCUCCUCCCAUAUCCAAAUAAGGAGGCCUUCUCUGUUCGGAAUGAUCUUGAUGCAGUCGCCGGCUGUGUUUGAAUGGAUCUCCCCGGGCGAUCCGACGGGGAACAGCGUGAUCGAUCUCCUUGGCUCCGUUGGUUUUUUCUCGCAGGCUCGGGAAUCUCCUCCGGGGUCAACUUCGCCGUCCCGAUCGACCUCGUGGUGCAGACCGUGCCGUAUUUGAUAGUCAACGGGACAGCCUCUAGCAACAGGUUCUGA